AUGGCAGGAGGAGCUUGAAUUUCCAUCUCCUGCUGACAUGGCCUGCCAGGGCACUUCCUCUGGCUCCUCAUGCUGCUCCCCGAGCCUCCUGCUUCCCAGCUGGUGAGUCCAUAAAUGAUUCUCAUGGAGCCUCUUUCCAAAGCACACAGAGGACACAAGGCUAUUGCUGUGCAUUUCUCCAGGUUUGGGGUUCCUUUCUGAAGUAAAUUUAAACACCUGAAUCCAAUCUGACCGGCAGUCUUGACAGUAUUUGGAGCUCUAAAAAUGAAUAUUAGGAUUUUGAUGCCAUUCCCAUUUCUAACUGGCAACCAGGGGAAAGCUCCUGGUGUGGAGGGAAUUAACAAAAUGCUCACUUAAGUGAUGGUCGUGGCUUGUGCUUUGCCAAGCAGAGACAGAUAAAAUGCUUUGGGUGGAAAGCAAUACCCAACUCCAAUGGCAACAGGCUCAGUGCAGUGAUCCCCCUCUCCUUUUGCCCCCUUCACUCAGAGCAUGUCCUUGGAGCACCACACAGGGCACCGUGGGGGCCUGUCUGGUGUCCAGGCAGAUCUGCAAGGACAGAUGGGAAAUGUAUCCAACAUCUCGUUGUUCACCUCCACCUUAUCGGAGAGAGAAGACCUGAUUUUUGGCACUCUCUAUUUAGUCUUUGGCAUCAUGUCCUUCUCUGGGAACUCACUGCUGCUGCUGGUGGCCUAUCAGAAGAGGUCCUUGCUGAAACCUGCUGAGUUCUUCAUCGUCAACCUGGCCAUCAGUGACCUGAGCAUGACGGUGACGCUCUUCCCCUUGGCCACCUCCUCCUUCUUUGCACACAGGUGGCUGUUUGACCGGGCGGUUUGCACCCUCUAUGCCUUCUGCGGGGUCCUGUUCGGGCUGUGCAGCCUCGCCAGCCUGACGGUGCUCAGCACGGUUUGCUGCCUCAAGGUCUGUUACCCAGCAUAUGGGAACAGGUUCUCCCCGAGCCACGCCGCGGUGCUGCUGCUGUGUGUGUGGGCCUAUGCCCUGACCUUCGCCACGGCCCCCUUGGCCGAGUGGGGCAGCUACGGCCCCGAGCCCUACGGGACAGCCUGCUGCAUCACCUGGGAAACCUCGAGCAGGGAGGCCACGCUCUACAUCCUCGCCCUCUUCAUCUUCUGCUACCUCCUCCCCUGCCUCCUCAUCCUCGCCUCCUACUCGCUGAUCCUGUGGACGGUGUGGGUGUCCCGGAGAGCCGUCCAGCAGCACACGUCCCCCCAGCGCAGAGCCCGCAGCCUGCACAGCCUGCUCCUCAAGCUGAGCGUUGCCGUGUGCCUGGGGUUUCUGGCUGCCUGGACCCCCUAUGCUGUGGUUGCCUUGUGGGCACUGCUCGGGGACACCAGCCAGGUGCCAGCGCUGGCCUUCGUGCUGUCAGCCGUCUUUGCCAAGUCCUCGACACUCUACAACCCGCUGGUGUACCUGCUCUUCAAGCCCAACUUCCACAAGUUCCUCUCCAAGGACAGGGUGCUCCUCCGGACCCUCCGCACCCUGCUCUGCUGUGGCUGCCCGAGCACAGCACUCCAGCCCUUCCCAUCCCCGGGUGUCAGCGACCACGCCGGGGCUUGCAGAAACUGCAAUGACGCUUUUGAGUGUUUCAGCAACUACCCCAAGUGCUACAACCCCCCCCAGGCGCCCAGCAGCUCCCCCCUGCACGGUCCCCUGGCCAUCCUGGCCGAUGGAGCUGCUUGCCAGCCGGGGUUGAAGAGGACAGUGCAGGUGAUGGUGCUGGUCACACAGAAGAGGUCGGGCCUGGGCGCUGUGAAUGUGGCGGGGGAAGCCCUGCCAUCGGCCCUGGUGAAAGACCUGCUCUGAGCCUGGCUAUGCCCAGCUCUGUCCUGCCAGCACACCGCAGGACAAACCUAAACACAACAUUCCUCUCACCCACAUACCCAGCGGGUCCCCAGAUGUUCUGUAGGUGAAGUGAUGUGAAAAUGUAAGACCAGCCUUGCCUCCCGCUCUGGUUUGGCUCUUGCAACUCUGAGCCUGGUCUUUGCACUUGCAAAAACAAGAACAAAACCAGACCCUGAGUGCCUGAGGUCUGCCUAGAGUACAGACCAGGGUAGUCUCUCCUGUUGUUUGCUCUCUGGGCCCUUGGCCUUUAGUUUUCAUCCUGGUGCUCUGAUGACCAAGUAGGAACUUGGUUGUCUUAAAAACUGUACCUGGCAGGGCAGGCUAGGGGCCAGGAGGCCCUGAGGGGCAUCUACCUUCAGUGUUGGCUCCUACAGCCCCCACAACCAUGUCCUCUCCUGCUGGGGAGCAGGACCAUGUCACACAGCUACCUCACUUGGGAUUAUGAAGCACCUCCCUAUAGCUCUCAGGGACUGCUCUCUGUGCCAGCUGUGCUACCCCACUCCCUCCAUUUCAAUGAAAUCCACCACUGUUGUGUGUUUAGAGCAAGGAUUCGGGGUUACAAUAAUACUACAGUGACUCAUGGCAGUCCCAGGUUGUGGUCUCCAGGCAGGGAUUGACAAAUCUGUGGCUGAGCAACAUCCUGGAGAUGGAGCUGUGGUCACAGGGUAUCCCUGGCACAGGAACAGCAGGGCAGCAGCUGCCAGGGCAACAGCAUCCUGCAGGAUUGAGUCGGCCCUUGGAGGUCAGUGUGGGCAGCACACCCACGGGGAGGGGUUGGGACAAAAGGGACCAAGAAGCUGUGCCAAGGGCCUGAUGGAAAGCCACCCCCACAAGAGCCCCCCCCAGCAGCUCCCCUGCCCCAUCCCAGGCACUGUCACCGAGGGGAUCCUGUGGUGUCCGUGCUGACCAGUCACCGUGUCCCAGAAGUUGUCCAUUUCUAAAGUAAA